AUGCGGUCGAGUGCCUCGCCGCGCCGCUUAGUGCAAGAGAGCAGCGAGGUUAGCCAGCCAGAGGGCUUCCGCCCGCACGAGCUGCUCGGGAGAGGCAACCCCGCUGGGAAGCUGCUGUACGCGCUGUACGGGCGCGACGACGCGAAGAACGCUGGUCAGGACUUCAAUGCCAGGAACCGCAAGAAACACCAACAGAAGCUUGAGUCAGGGUGGACGCCGCCCCCCGUGGACCACUCGCGAAGCCGGUCGGAUGUCUGUCCGAUGACCAAGGUGAACGUCCGCGUGCCCAAGUUCGGCCGCCGCGCGCCGGACUCGGCCGCGGACCUGCUCGCGAAGUACAAGGGCAAGAAGACGGUCGACGCGAUCCGCGAGCAGCAGGAAAUAGAGAAGGUCUUAGACAAGUCACGCGGCCCACCCCUCGCGAGGGGGAAGCUGCUGGACGACCGGGAGAAGGCGCGGCUGGCCAAGUUCAUGGAGUAUAACGGAAAACCCCCCCGGGAGCCCACGCAGCGGGAGCUGGAGCUGCAGGCGCGGCAGCGCGCGGCGUUGAGGCCGCGGACGGAGCGGGAGGAGCUCGAGGAGAUGUUCGCGAAGGUCGUGCGCGAGAUCGACGAGCGGAAGGCGUUCCUGGACGACAUGGCGCGGCAGGGGCGGUAUAAUGAGUUUGCGGGGACUAUUCGGGGAGAGAUCGCGGAGCGGGUGCGGGAGAUGUCGCGGAUAGACCAGAUGCUGCUGAACACGCCCGACUGA